CAUACCUGGAUUCAAGCUAAUCAUCGUCGUCGUUGUCGUCUUUAUCGUUGCCGUCAUACCUGUUAAGGAAAGGAGAACUUGGGGCUGAAUGUGCAAUCAGCUGAUUGGCACGGUUUAAACUGGUGGAAUCUUGGUUGGAACACAUACGGUAAGGUCACAACAUUGGUGCCGUGACCAGGAUUGUGUUCCAAGGAAGCAACGCGGCGUCUAUUCGGCCAUCAUUACACGGUAGUAACAAAGAUACUCGCCAUACUGGUGGUAUCACAAUUGCAACGGUUCGCCAUAACUACAUCGAUUGUCUGGGAAUAAUUGGAGGCAGCCAUCACUUCCAAUUUGCAAGAACAGAUUUGGCGCCAUUCGGAACUGCUGGUGGGACCUGCUGGGAUUGAUAGUACAAGGCCUAUUUGACAGGCUCACACGGUGAGUACCUGUCCAAUAAACUAUUUUUCCGCUUUCAUCCCUACCGGGUCAUUUUUCUCGUUCCGACUCUCUGCACUACUCUGCACUUCAUCACUUCUGGACUUGGCCGUCGAUCACUUCCUAACGAGGAGAGAUUCACUUGGAACGGAUACGACAUUAGGAGUUUAUCUGGACCACUCAUCAUCAUUGGGCAUCAUUGGGAACCACGGACGUGACAAACUUGGUGUUUUUUCAAAUAAAAGUUGAAAUUUGGAUCGUGUCGAAACUCAUUUACUGAACUGAGCCCUGGAUUGCGCUUUUUUUCUUGCUUUGCUGAUGAGUCUGAGAUUCGCUGAACUGUGUGGGAAGCUGUUCCUGGAUUUAUUACAUACAAGGCCUGUCGAGCAGGCUCACAAGGUGAGUACCUGUCCGAUCAUCUACCCUGUAGUGUGAAAGGUGCUUUGCUUGUGGAAAUAAUUACAGCAUGGUGUGAUUUAUUAUCUGGAUUGCGGUACAACAUUCGUGGUCUUUCCGGCGUGUCGAGCAGGCUGCCAAAAGAGUGUUGGAUUAAGAAUUCCGAGCGUGUGUGCUACGUUGUGGUGGACAGAAUUAAAUACAAGGCCUGUCGAGCAGGCUCACAAGUAUUGGUGGUCUUGAAUGCAUCCUGUCGAGCAGAUUAACGAGAGAGUUUGAGUUGCGAGUUCUUUGAUGAAUGGCAUUUCGGAGCGUGUGGACUAGGCUGUAAUACGUUGCGGUGGAAAGAAAUUGAAUACAAGGCCUGUCGUGCAGGCUCACCACGUGAGUAUCUGUCCGAUAAUCCACCUAAAGCGUUGAAGGUGCUUCUCCUGUGGCUUGUUUAUAGAAAUUUUCUAUGGUGUGGAUUGCGAGUGCGCUGGUGAAUGGUAGAUUGAGUCCUGUGAAGCAAGCUGUGGUGCUUUGCGGUAGAAGUAACUGAAAUACAAGGCUUGUUUGACAGGCUCACAAGGUGAGUACCUGUCCAACGUAUCUUAUUUCUUUCGCAAAGGGUGCUUCGCUUUGUGUGUUUUGCAGAAGCUUCUGCUGGUUGCUUCAUCAUACAAUCUUUCAUCGACUUCACGUGUCAUCAUGGGAGGAAAGAAGCUGGAGUCGAGUAUAACUGCACGUGAUAACAUCAUGGACUUCUUGAUUCGUAUGGAUAAGUAUCUGCAAAAUACAGAAGCACCAAGUGAGCUGCACCUGAAGCUUCGAUUGGAGAAAUUGGAGGCAAAGUGGAAUGAAUUCGAGAAAAUACAAUCAGAGAUCGAGGGCACAGAGGAGUAUGAAGAGAACAUCGAUCAACACCGGCAAGUGAGGGGAGAUUUCGAAGAAAAGUAUUUUGAAGUAAGGGCAGGGUUGGAAGGAAAAUUACCACGGGAAAUACAGCAAACCGCAAACCAAAAUGUUCCUGCGGCUGCCACUGGUGGUGAACACAACAAUGUUCAUACGUACGUCCGUCUGCCGCAAAUCAACCUACCCGAAUUCGAUGGACAUUACGAGAAAUGGCUUGCGUUCCAUGAUACUUUCAAGGCCCUCAUCGAUUCUUCUCCGGAACUUGGUGACAUACAAAAAUUCCACUAUCUCCGGGCCUCUUUGAAAGGUGAUGCACUAAAACUAGUAGAUUCGUUUCCUAUGAGUGAUGCUAAUUAUAGGGUUGCUUGGGACAGUUUGGUAGCACGGUUUUCAAACAAAUAUUUGCUGAUGAAGCGCCAUCUGAAUGCUUUGUUUGAGUAUCCCAAAAUGCGGAAGGAGUCAGCAAGCAGUAUUCAUGAACUCAUCGACUGUUUUGAACGAAAUACUAAAAUUUUGGACCAAUUGGGAGAACGGACAAGCGGCUGGGGAGCAAUACUGACACAUCUGAUGGUUUCCAAGCUUGAUGACAUCAGCCAAAAGCGAUGGGAGGAGCAUGCUUCGAGCGUCGAGGAACCGCGCUUUCCUGUUCUUAUAGAAUUCCUUAAGAAACAAACUCGGGUGUUGGAUGCAGUUUCAGUAGAUCAACGAUUGUCAACUUCAAGUAGUUCGUUUUCAACAAACACUUACAAAUAUCGCCCUGCCAAGGUUUCCGUCAACUCAGCAACUGAAAAAACACUUCCCAACUGCAUGAUUUGCAACGAACAACACUACAUCACACAAUGUCCAUCUUUCAACGGGUUACCAUUGGAUAAACGACUACAGUUUACAAACUCCAAACGUCUUUGCAGCAACUGUUUGGGGAGAAAUCAUCUUGCACGGGAUUGUCCUUCCAAGUAUCGUUGUCGAACCUGCUCUAAAAAGCAUCAUACGCUAUUACAUCCUGGUUUUCCUGGUUCUGGUUCCAUUUCUUCGGUUUCCACAGCAGACAUGGCCUUGCGAACUGCAACUCCUUCAACUUCUAGCGGGGCGCCGAACUCUGGUAAUUCUGGUUCUAGUUCGGUUCCAACUGUUUCUUCAAACUUAGCGAUGGGAGCUCACAGUUCGCAUGUUUUUCUCUCGACGGUCCUGUUGAAGGUCAACCUCAUGACGGAACAUUUAUGUCAAUUGCUAAAGUUACAUCGAAGCGAUAGAAAGGUGGAGAUUAGCGGUAUAGGACGUUCUAGGAAACAAAUUGCCUAUGAAGUGUCCACGGUCACCGACGAUCAACCUUCUUCAUCUCUGCCGCUGGCCAACUGGAAACCUCCUCUGGAAAUGGAAAUGGCAGAUCCAGAUUUUUUUCUAUCUGGACCAAUCGAUAUUGUUCUAGGAUCGCAAUUCUUCUACGACUUCCACCUUCUUGAUGGUGGCCGGCUACAGAUACGGAAAUUCGACGGCACACUUCCAGUGUUCGUCAACACGGUAUUUGGAUGGGUGGCCGCAGGUGAAUCAGGUUGCAACGGGACAGAUUCGAAGGUCAGCUGCCACCUAGCAAUAACGGACUCGUUAGACAAAAGUAUCGAAAGAUUCUGGAAUAUAGAGGAGUUAACUGAGCAAAAACCAAUGUCACAAGAAGAAGAAGACUGCGAAAAUUAUUUUCAACAAACUGUAGAACGGGAUGGAACUGGAAGAUACAUUGUUCGGUAUCCGAAACGUUUGGGAUUCGAUGCGAUGAUCGGCGAAUCAAGGAGCAUAGCAAUGCGACGGUUUCAACAAUUAGAGCGACGUUUGGGACGAGACGUUGACAUUCGGAAACGCUACAACGAGUUCAUGCUAGAGUACAUCCGUUUGGGGCACAUGAGGCUUGUUGGUACCGUUGAAAACCUAAAUGAUCAUGAUCGUACAGUGUUCUAUCUUCCACAUCACCCGGUGUUCAAAGAAGCGAGUACUACUACGAAGUUGCGCGUAGUUUUCGAUGGUUCAGCAAAGACUACCACAAAUCAUUCGCUCAACGACGCACUGCUCACAGGACCGGUCAUACAAGAUGACCUUCUGGACUUGAUGCUGCGUUUUCGGAAACAUCCAAUAGCCCUGGUAGCGGAUGUGGAAAAAAUGUACCGACAGAUCCGUAUUCAUCCAGAGGACACUUGUCUCCAACGAGUCUUUUGGCGUUUUGAUCUUUCUGAUCCAAUUGAAGUCUAUGAACUGCAAACAGUAACUUAUGGUCUGUCACCCUCGUCGUUCCUGGCAACUCGAGUGAUUCAGAAACUUGCCGAAGACAUCGGAUAUCGAUACGAACAUGCUGCGUCAAAGAUAUCAAAAGAUUUUUAUAUGGACGAUUUCAUUUCGGGAGCGGAUUCAAUCGAGCAAGCACGGGUGCUCCGGCAAGAAGCACAAGCAUUGAUGGCAGAAGGCGGGCUACAUUUACGCAAGUGGAGUUCAAACAAACUAGAAGUUCUAGACGUUAGAGUUAGGUAA